AUGGCUGCUAAUCCGUUUCUGUUUAGUGAAGAGCCCUACACAUCACCUAGUUCUGCUGGAUCUAACCCAUUUUUACUCGAUGAUGGAGACGAUCAACUUAAUCAUGCUUCUGGAUUCAAUGACAAUCCAUUUCUAUCUCAAACGGCAACUACUAUGUCUACUAAUCCAUUUAGUUUUGAUCCAAUGGAAUUGGAACCGGCUGAAGCUGAAAUACCAAAUAUGCAAGCAGUUUCGUCAGAUUUUGGUCAGUUUACCGAGGCAAACAAUCAACCCUCUAUAACAGAUUUUGGUUCUUUUGGUAAACCUGUUGCUCCGGAUUUAUUUAGCGAUCAUGAAAUACAACCUGCUACCGCAAACUACGAUCAAUUCGGUAUACAAUUUAACGAACCAGCAACAAUAGAACCGAUACACGCUGCGCCGAUAAUAUCUACGACUGCUCCACAAAAACCUUCCGAUUUAGAUUUAAAAUACUCACAUCAAGCAAAUAUAAACGGGCCACCUAGGCCACCACCCCCUCGACCACCACCUUCUAAAGAAACUCAAGAUCUAUUAAUGUCAGUUAUGGGUGCAAUGGAUGCAACAAGUUCGUCUUUGCUUGGAAAAAUUCCACCAACCCGUUCACCAAGUCCAGUUAAUAUGAGAGAUCUGCAUUCUCCCAGUCCAACGCCGGAACCUGCAUUUGGAGAUCUUUUAGACGUUAGUGACAAACCUCAAGAGACUAACAAUACAGCCGAUACGGAUUUCUUCUCUUUAAACGAAAGUAACAACUGCGAUAUAAAUCAGAAUCCGCAAAAUAAUGUCGUUGAUUUUAAUCAGCCACCUCCAGUUCCAAGUCAAGUUAAACCUCCAAAACCACCACCACCUGUGCGUCCUCCAAAACCUCCCCCACCAGCUGUAAUAAGCCAUGCAUCUAAACCUGUACCACCAAAAGCAGAAAUUAAAUCUAAUAUCGUUGAUGAUAUGGAUAUGUUUGGAGUGGAUGAACCACCAAAGAAAAAAGAAGUAACUAAUGCAGAUAUUUUAAAUUUAUAUAAUGCUCCUAAACAAGAGGCAGUCAAAGAUUUAUUAUCUGAUGAUAUUAUAGAACCAGAGAUACAAAGUAAACAAGAAAUUAUAACCGUUAAUCCAGUAGAAGAUGUAAAGAUUAUUGAGAAUCCCAAAACAGCUUUGUCGCCAAUAACACAAACUAACGAUACUUUAAUAUCAUCAGAACAUUCUCAAGAAGAUUUACAAAUGGAUUUAAGUGAUAAUCACAGUAAAGGUUCUGUAGGCAGCGUCACAUUUAAUCCGUUCGCUGCUACUGAAGAUUUUAGUUCACCAAAUAUAGUCCAACAAAAUGCUACAGAUGAUAAUUUCAAAACUGAAAUUAAUCAGAACACAGAACAAAAUCCAAUGGAAAUUACUGAAAAUAUAAACAACUUUGUUGUUGAAGCUAUUCCAACCCAAAAUGAACCUUUCGGAUUUUCAGCUGUUGAAAACAAUUCUAUCAAAAGUGAACCUUUUGGAUUUUCAACAGUUGAAAAUAAUUCUAUCAAAAGUGAACCUUUUGGAUUUUCAACAGUUGAAAAUAAUUCUAUCAAAAGUGAACCUUUUGGAUUCUCAGCGGUUGAAAACAAUUCUACUCAAUUUACAAAUACGAGUUUCGUGAACGAUUCGGCUCCUGAUGUAUUUGGAUUGAGUAAAAGUUCAACAGUACCUCCAGUUUCAGCUUCGGCUACAGAUAAUUUUGGUUUUGGAAGCGCGCUCCCAACUUCAGUCCCAGCAUUAGACAGUUUCGGAUUUGGAAGCAGCACAAUUGCACCCGCAAGUUCAGAUACUGAUGCAUUCGGCGGCAAUGAUGAUUUCGAUGAUUUUGAAAAGAAGUUUGACUCUGUUAAACAUGAUGAUUUAUCGCAUAGUGCUUGGGGUAGUGAAUUUGUCAACACCGCUGAAGCAUCGAGUGGUUUCGGGCAAGAUGGCGGCUUCGGACAAGAUGACGGCUUCGACGCUUUUCUAGCUAUGCAGGAACCGCCUACUGUACCACAAAGUACGCCUAAUCGAAUAAGUAAAACUGGUUCGCAGGAAUCUGAUGAAGAUAAAGACUUCUCAGUUUUUAUUAGGCCAAAAGGAAAUGACGAUGUGACUCCUGAGGUGCUUCCAUUCAUCGCUCCUCCACCAGCAACUGUUGCAGCUAGUUUUGGAGAUACCUCUCCUAGAUUUAAUCCUUUUGAUAAUCAAACUGAAGUACAACCUGCUAUAGUUCAAAAUGAUAUUCCAUACGCUGGAGAUAUGAAACGUUCUGAUUCUCAAGAAACUCCACCAACUCCAUUAUAUGACGAUGACACGUCUCAACCAUUAGAACCUUUCCCAAGAAUAAAUUUCGAUGGAGAAGGUUGGGAGAUGCACUUACGCCAACCGAACAAAAAGAAAAUAACCGGACAAAGAUUUUGGAAGAAGAUAUUCGUGAAACUUCAACAUCUGCCCGAUUGCGUUCUUUUGCAACUCUACAACCAGAAAGAUGAUAAAGAUCCUUUUCAAGAACUUCCUCUACAACCUUGUUACUCGGUAUCCGACAUUGGAGCUCAACAGUACGAUCAGUUUGGGAAAAUAUUUACCGUUAAAUUGCAAUAUAUUUUUUAUAAAGAAAGACCGGGAGUUCGACCGGGACAGGUGAAGAAAGCCGAAAGGAUUACUAAUAAGCUCAGUCAGUUUGCUGCUUAUGCUAUUCAAGGAGAUUAUCAAGGAGUUAAAGAAUUUGGAAGCGAUUUGAAAAAACUCGGUCUACCAGUCGAACAUGCCCCGCAGGUGUCUCAGUUAAUGAAAAUAGGAUCCUUAAGUUUCGAAGAUUUAAAACAGUUCUCAUUUUGCAUAGAAGAAGCAUUGUUUAAACUUCAAGCUCACAGAGAUAGAGCGUUACACUAUAAAAUGGAAGAGGUUCAAAUUACAGCUGUAGAUGAAUUAUAUGUGGAACAAGAAUCUGAUGGUCAUAUUGAAAGACAAAUUGCCAGGGUCCGAUUGUUCUUUUUGGGAUUCCUAACUGGUAUGCCAGACGUAGAAUUAGGCAUUAACGACAUGAGGAGGCAAGGAAAGGAGGUUGUAGGUAGACACGAUAUUAUUCCAGUGGAAACUGAAGAAUGGAUUAGAUUAGAAGAUGUGGAAUUCCACUCUUGCAUUCAACAAGAAGAUUAUGAACUAACACAUAUAAUAAAGUUCAAACCGCCUGAUGCUUGUUAUAUAGAGCUGCUGAGAUUUAGAGUAAGGCCUCCGAAGAAUCGAGAACUUCCUUUACAACUUAAAGCUCAAAUUUGCGUUACAGGGUACAAAGUAGAACUUAGGGCAGAUGUAUUGGUUCCAGGAUUUGCAUCCAGAAAACUAGGACAGGUUCCGUGUGAAGACGUUAUGAUACGCUUUCCAAUACCGGAAUGUUGGAUAUAUUUAUUUAGAGUAGAGAAACACUUUAGAUAUGGUUCUGUUAAAUCUGCGCAUAGAAGAACUGGAAAAAUUAAAGGAAUUGAGAGGAUAUUGGGAACAAUGGAAACAUUACAAGAAAAUUUAAUAGAGGUUACUUCCGGUCAAGCCAAAUAUGAGCAUCAACAUAGGGCUAUAGUUUGGAGGUGUCCAAGAUUACCAAAGGAAGGUCAAGGUGCUUACACAACACAUAAUAUGGUAUGCAGGAUAGCAUUAACAAGCUAUGAUCAAAUGCCUGAAAAAUUAGCGGAAUACUGUUUUGUUGAGUUUACUAUGCCUGCCACACAAGUUAGUCAUACUACGUGUAGGAGUGUCAGUUUACAAAAUUCCGACAGUGAUGAUCCUCCAGAGAAAUACGUCAGAUAUUUAGCCAGGCAUGAAUACAGGGUGGGUAUAGAACAUACAGAGGGAGACAAUCCCAAUCCUUAUGCAACAGCAACUCAUGUAACGAAACCUGCACCUGCUCCGGUUCCAGCUCCACCAGUAAAUAUUCCUCCCAAAGUUGUAGAAGAAUCAAGUUCAGAUAGUGAUUAA